CCCACUCGGCUCCAGGCGGCCAGCGUUCGCGGGCCCAGGCCGCCGGCCUCUACCCGAGCACCGCGGCGGAACAGCGGCGGGAGCCUCGGGAGAAGCAGCCGCAGUCGCGCGAGGCUCUCCCUCCACCCCCGCGCGCGCCCCUCGCCGCCCGCCCCGGGCUCCGUGUAUGGGGACGCGGCUCGCCAGCCUCCGUUGAGACCGUCCCCCGAGUACGGUGGCCUCGGGCUCCAGAGCCCGCCCCGCCACCCGAGGGCUGCGCGCGGCCCCGGGCCUGCUCGCUGCGCGGCUCCGCGCGUCCCGGGCCAGGAAGUGGCGGCGCUGAGCGCCAUGGCCCACUCCCCGGUGCAGUCGGGCCUUCCGGGCAUGCAGAACCUCAAAGCGGAUCCAGAGGAGCUUUUUACCAAGCUGGAGAAAAUUGGAAAGGGCUCUUUCGGUGAGGUGUUCAAAGGCAUUGACAAUCGGACUCAGAAAGUGGUUGCCAUAAAGAUCAUUGAUCUGGAAGAAGCUGAAGAUGAGAUAGAGGACAUUCAACAAGAGAUCACAGUGCUGAGUCAGUGCGACAGCCCAUAUGUAACCAAAUACUAUGGAUCCUAUCUGAAGGACACUAAAUUAUGGAUAAUAAUGGAAUAUCUUGGUGGAGGCUCUGCCCUGGAUCUGUUAGAACCUGGCCCUUUAGAUGAAAUUCAGAUUGCUACCAUAUUACGAGAAAUUCUGAAAGGACUUGAUUAUCUACACUCGGAGAAGAAAAUCCACAGAGAUAUUAAAGCGGCCAAUGUUCUGCUCUCUGAACAUGGAGAGGUGAAGUUGGCUGACUUUGGAGUAGCUGGCCAGCUGACCGAUACCCAGAUAAAAAGGAACACCUUCGUGGGCACUCCCUUCUGGAUGGCGCCUGAGGUCAUUAAGCAGUCAGCCUAUGACUCAAAGGCAGACAUCUGGUCCCUCGGCAUCACAGCAAUAGAACUGGCCAAAGGAGAGCCCCCACAUUCCGAGCUUCACCCCAUGAAGGUGUUAUUCCUCAUCCCAAAGAACAACCCUCCCACACUGGAAGGAAACUACAGCAAACCCCUCAAGGAGUUUGUGGAGGCCUGUUUGAAUAAGGAGCCAAGCUUUAGACCCACUGCUAAGGAGCUGUUGAAGCACAAGUUCAUAAUCCGCAAUGCGAAGAAGACGUCCUACUUGACGGAGCUCAUCGACCGGUACAAGAGGUGGAAGGCGGAGCAGAGCCAUGAUGACUCCAGCUCAGAGGACUCGGAUGGGGAAACAGAUGGCCAGGCAUCUGGAGGCAGCGACUCUGGGGACUGGAUCUUCACAAUCCGGGAGAAAGAUCCCAAGAAUCUGGAGAAUGGAACUCUUCAGCCAUCAGACUUGGAAAGAAAUAAGGUGAAGGACAUCCCAAAGAGGCCUUUCUCUCAGUGCUUAUCCACCAUUAUUUCCCCUCUCUUUGCUGAGCUGAAAGAGAAGAGCCAGGCAUGCGGAGGAAACUUGGGGUCGAUAGAAGAGCUGCGGGGAGCCAUCUACUUGGCGGAAGAGGCCUGCCCUGGGAUCUCUGACACCAUGGUGGCUCAGCUCGUGCAGCGGCUGCAGAGAUACUCCUUGAGUGGCGGAGGAACGUCAGCUCACUGAAAUGCCUUUUGCAUCUGGGUUUGCUCUUUCCUUUCUUCUUCAUCUUCCUUUUUAAAAGUCAGUAAGAGCCUUUGCUGACUCUGCGAAGAGGUGUCAUGGAGGCCCACCCUCCUGUAGCCGCCAGCACCUGCCCAGGGACACAGUCCUCACCGUGCCACACCAGGUGGAGUCCUUCCGAUGGGGUGGGGGGCUACUCCUUCAAGCAAU